ACAACUUGCCAAACACUCCCAGAAUGCGUAGAGGUGACUCAGAUCUGGUUACAGCACAACACACACACUAAACACACUCUGGAGCGUGCUGGAUUUUAACACCCUGCAGGCACUCGUUGGAACCCCCGCUCAGGCCGGUGGGCGUCUGGACCGGCAUGGGCCUGCUGGUGCUGCUGGACCUUUGAAGACGGUAUGGGCCCUGCUUCAGAGUGAGCCUCCGACACGGGAUCUGAGCUGGGAACAGAUCUGCAUGGUGUCGGAAAUGUCGGCGGGGCAGCCAGACACGGUUGUCCACUUUGGGGAUGGGAGAACGCUGUCAAGGGCAAGUUUUUUUUCGUUACUUGACACCUACAAUUGUUUUCUGAAGGAUAAAACUCAACUGCAACUAAAUGUCCAUGAGAGCACAUCCCGGCAGGUGACUCUGGAGGGCUUUCUGGUGGUCUCCUGGGGAAUUAAGAGACCUAUCCGACUCAAAAUCCAGGAUGAGAAGAGUUCUGACAGCUCCAAGCCUCCGGGCUUUUCUCCAGACCCCAUCAGUCCACUCGGAAACAAGAGGGGAAUGACCCGCUGGGGAGAAUUUGACAAUCUUCAUCACAUUGAUGAGCUUGAAGAGAUCCUGCAGGACGGUGCAGAGACUCUGGACAGCUGUGCUCCAGUGUACAACGAGUUUGACAGCAGGACGCUUCGAGCCCCCCGGCCCAAAGCCAUUAUAGAGGAGACCUCCAGCCUGUUUCGCACCAGGAGUGACGCCUCACUAGUGAAGAAGAGAGUGAGCAUCAAGACCACGGAGGAAAAGCAGAGGGAAAGGCAGCAUCGCUUCUCUAUUAACGGCCAUUUCUACAAUUACAAGACGUCAAUCUUUACCCCAACGUAUGGGGCAACAACAAACGUGCGCAUCAACAGCAGAAUGAAGACUGAUGAUGUCAUCAGCCAACUUUUACAUAAAUUUAAGAUAGAAAGCGAUCCAAGUGAAUUUGCCUUGUACUGCAUUCAUCAAAGUGGAGAAAGAAGAAAGCUGGGCGGCUCAGAUCUUCCCCUCUUGGAGCGUUUUCUUCAGGGACCAUCUGAGAGCAUUAUGAGGAUUUUCCUCAUGGACACAGAUGAAGCAGAAGUUAGCUUGGAUGUAGCACAGUAUGUCAAUUUAGAGCUGCCCAUUCUUCAGCGGGUUCUGAUGAAGCUCCAGGAGGAGGAGAACAAAGAGAUACAGCGCAUUGUCUCAAAGUACAGGCAACAGCACAUUCUACUCUCACACUUCCUGAACUCCAAAAUGACGUCAAAGACGGAGACCACUGUGUAAAAGAAAGAAAGAAAGCACUGUGGACAAGAACAGAAGUGCUUUUUCCAGUCAUUUCCACCCACAAAUUAACUGAGCAGAAACUGACAUUUUAUACUGCAGCUUUGGCUACCAUGAGGCAAUUGUAUAUUUUUAGCCUUGUGCACAAAAUAAACUGUGAUACUGUGAUUUAAACACUGUAAAAAAUCUGAAAACACUUCCUUUCUUUUAUUUUGUUGAUUAUAAAACACCAAUUUGUGCCAUUUCCAUCAGAA